AUGAAUCCAUUGGCUGCCAAUAAGAAGGUGAUCAAGAGAAGGUCUCCUACUCCCAAGAAGGUUCAGGCUAAAGGUGAAGGUUGUAGGAGGGAGUAUGGGUGUGUUGAUGAAAACUCCAUAGCUAUGAGGAGAGGUCGAGAACUUCAAGCAAAUCUUUCACCUCAAUUUCCUAGUAUUUCUGCACUUGUGACUUGUCAUCUGCCAAACCAUGAUACUGCUAUUAUUUUGGUGGAUGAAAAUGGAAGAGAAACAGAGACCAAGUACCUUAUUGAGAAGCAUGGCCUGAGUGGUGGAUGGAGAGGAUUUUCCCUCCAACACAACUUGGUUCCCGGGGAUGUUGUAGUUUUUCAGCUAAUCCAACCUCUCAAGCUUAAGGUGUACAUUGUUCGGGCAAAUGACUCGGCAAAUAUUGCCGGUGCUAUCAGCCUUUUGGAUUUAAGUCAUUAUGCACACCCAAUUGCAACUGAGGGUUUACUGCUGGAAGGUGAUGAUAUUGAGGAAAAUGUGUUGAGAAUUGAAGAUGCUGCAGAUCAGUUAACCAGAAUACAGCAUGAAGGUGACAAUCUGGAGAGACAAGUCUCUACCUCAGACCACUUAUCUGCAGAGAAUGUGGUUGAGUUUUCACAAGUGAAAAACUUCGAGGAUUUUAAGGUUGUUGUCAACAACAUAAACAUAGAUUCUGAGAUCUCCGAAGAUACAAGGCUCAAGUACUAUGAGAUGUGCCGCAGUCGCAACGCGUAUCGUCAUGAGCUUGAAGAGCCUGGGUUGAACUACACGCUAAUCGCCGGGGCAAUAACAGAAACUGUGAAAAUCGCCGAUGGCAUCAAAGCUUCCACGCUCGCAACGGGCCGUGAUGUUUUGGAAGUAUGGGACAGAACUCUAAUAGGGGUUCUUGCGCGGCAGGAUAAGCGAGCUGAUUAG